UGCCUUCCCUUGGAAACGAUCACGAUCCAGCGGCAGAUGAGUUGAGUCUAACGAGAGACAUCGAUAGUACGCGAAUCGUCCGGAUGGGUUUCGGUUUCAUGCGUGGCAUGUGUCUCCAGGAUUAACGGUAGGAUAUACUCAGGAUUUCAGUUUCAGAUACUUGCUAAGGAGUGAUACCAGGUGUGAUACAGAUGGAAGAGGUAGGAGAUGUCAUCAACUGUAAGAAGGUGUUUUCAAUAGCCGGUGUGUAAGAAGCAGGGAAAGGCAACAUACUGAAAAAUUUUCAAAUACAUCUAACCGCAAUAGAGCAUGGUAUACGCAAAGCGCUAAGCGGUUAUGAUUUGAAAAAUUCCGUAUACUGUUAGUAACUGCCAGGAGUGAAAGUAUAGGUUAACCGUUGAACAAUCCGGCGAGUGAUAUAACUCUCUCAGGAAGAGCGCAAUAGCGAGGGCAUGAUUACACGAGGGCUUAAAGUGAAUACAAGAAUCGUGUUUCUCCACGAGUAUACCUAAGACAAAUAUUGAGGAAUAGAUAGAUGUGCCUCCCUUGGGGAAUCAUUAUUCCCGUAUAAAUGUCCCUGACAUACGCAAUGUUAUAAGUGAUUUCGCAGCAUAUCCGGUUAAAGGCCAUGUUCAGACAAUUGACUCUCUAGGCCUGUGUUAUUGCGGCUUCGUUAGUUGGAAGUUAUAUUCUGGAGUGUUUAGACACAUCGAUUUGGAUUACUCUAUCCUGGACAAGUUGCUGGAUAUAGAAUGGAUUUAUUCUACGGGGCCUUGGUCUUGCUGGCCCUUGUCUACGCCGGGCCUUCAUUACAGGGAGCCUCUGCAAACAGACACGCUGACAAGAUAUGCGAAAAUGUCUUCUGCGGUGCUGGCCGUGAGUGCGCCCCGGCAGAUCACGACACCCCGACUUGCGUCUGCCAGGCGGAGUGUCCGCCUCACAACCACCCCGUCUGUGCCAGCGACCACAAUACCUACAUCAACCACUGCGAGAUGCACAGGGCUGCCUGUUUGAAGGGGGUGAAGAUACACAAGAAAUACAACGGGUCAUGUCUCGUUGAAGAAGUACAAGAUACUGAUGGAAACCAAGCGCUGAAGCCUCUCGUCUGCUUCGAGAUUGAGAGGAACGAACUCCGCCAACUCCUGAUAGAGUGGGUGGGAAAGGAAGUGAAAUCCGAUGGAUGGUCUACCAGAGGGAGAACAUACAAAGAAGCGGUAGAGGAAAAGUUCAUUACAUGCGACACUGAUUUUGAUGAUAAACUCGACGCCAGGGAGUUCAUCAUAUGUAUUGUCAAGAAUGAUUCUAUGAGCAUCGAGCAUGAGGGACGAGAACACAUAGUUAGGGGCCUGUGCGUGGACGCCCUCAUCGUAAUGGCAGACAAGAAUGACGACUGGCGUCUAGACUUCUUCGAGUUUUUCACAUGUCUUGAUCCAGAUUUCAAACCUCCAACAAAACAAUGUUCUCUUGAAGACGAUAUGUACGAUGAUGGAGCAGAGGUAAAGAUGGCUUGCAAUAAAUGUAUAUGCGCCUGUGGUAAUUGGGUUUGUACUGCAGUAAUAUGCGAUAACGACGAAGAAAAAACUUUAGCCAUUAACAAUAAUGGACCACUCCCGAACAAAGCAGAGAGACAGAAGCUGCUACAGGGCUUCAAAGCCAGCGAUGACGUUGAUACCGAAAAGAUAACCAAAGAGGAGAGAAAAAGCGAGGAAAGUGAUUUUCUUGAAAAUUUCCGAGACCCCGAAAUUUAAAUUACUGUAACGGAAUAAGAAAGAGACCAUCAACACACAGGAACAAUCGAUCAACCACGACUUCUACAUUUCCUCAGUCAGGAGAAAGAAGAGUUAUCGAAUACUGGUGAUGAAAAUAAUCAAAAGAUGAUAAACUGUGAAAAAAAUACUCAAAAUACUUUUGGAAUUGAUGAAGAUAGCUCUGAUCGGUGCCAUAAAGCUUUUGUUUCUUCGUGUUUAUUUGCAUCUCAAGACACCACGGGUGUCGCAGAAUGAACUUCUGUUUAAAAUUGAACUGGCCAAAAUAGGGUGUUAUCUUGCGGGUCAAUAUAGACCUGAAGAUUCAGUUUGUACAUUGUGUGUUCUUUGUAGAUAUGAUGUAGGUAUAGAUUUGUAAUAAACUUUCUUUUGCAAA